CAUUAUCAGCAAACGAGAUACAACGAAUAGAAAGGAAAAGGAAGCAAUUGGAAAAACAAAUGGAAUUUAAAAAACGUUAUAUCUGUAUGUAUCAAUAAACCAUGGAUGAAUAUUUUGAAAGUUACGAAGAACUCGACAUUCAUCAAUUAAUGCUAAGUGAUAAAACACGUGUUUUAACAUACAAAAAUGCUAUUUUUAAUAUGAAAGAUGAAUUUCAGGGUAAGAUAGUGAUGGAUGUUGGUGCUGGUUCAGGUAUAUUAUCAAUUUUUUGUGCUCAAGUUGGUGCAAAGAAAGUAUAUGCAGUGGAAGCAAGCAUGUUAGUAAAGACUAUUGAACAAGUGUUGAUUGAAAAUAAUAUACAAAAUACAGUUGAAAUAAUUCAUAGUAAGGUAGAAGAUAUUGAUCCAAACAGUUUAGAGAAAGUAGAUAUAAUUAUCUCAGAAUGGAUGGGUUUUUAUCUAGUGCACGAAGGAAUGUUAGAUUCUGUACUUUUUGCUAGAGAUAAGUUCUUGCAAAAGGAUGGUUUAUUAUUCCCAUCCAUAGCAAAAUUGUAUGCUUCGCCUUGCCAAUUACCAUCUAUGUAUGAAUUUUGGGAUAAUGUAUGUGGAGUCAGUAUGAGAUGUAUUGGAAAAGAAUAUAGAAAAAUUAAAUCAAUGAAACCAGAAGUGCUACUUCUAAAUCAAGAUAAUCUUUUGGCAGAAGGAAAAUUGCUUGCUUGGCUGGAUUUAAAUUGCAUCUCUAUAGAGGAGCUAAAUCUAUUAGGUGGAGACGAUUAUGUAUCGGUAUGUGAGAAGAAUGGAAGAUAUCAAGGGAUAUGUAUUUGGUUUGUGGUUGAAUUCCCAGAUGGUUCAAAACUAUCUACAGCACCUUAUGAUGAGGCAACACAUUGGAAACAAACUGCAAUUGUUCUACCUACAGAUACAAAGGUGAUAGAAAAAGAACCUAUCGCUUUCAAAUUGGAAUUAAAAAAAGACACAUCAAAUCCGAGACGUUAUAAUAUAGAACUAAAUUUGUUGGACGCAGAGGAAGUAGAGCAUGAUAUUCCAUGUAAUUGUCAUAUGACAAAGUGUAUAGUGACAAAAAUGUAUAUCGAAAAUCAAGCAAAUAAUGAGAGUGCUUUAUCAACUGAAUGAUAUACAAUAAAAAACACUAUUUUACAGAUUUGUAUAUAAUACACUA